CAUACCAUACUGUAAUUGAUUUUUCAUAUUAAAAAUAUCGAAGGCGGACUACAUCAAUGUAUCAAUGUAAUGGUAAUGAGUGUCAUCUAAAGGCGUGUGAAAUAAAAUGACGUUUUACAUUUCAAUAAUUUAAAAAGUGACGUAACCAUGGCUUUUAGUUGCCGUUGACUAGAAGGCUUUAAAUCAAUUGGAAUAGCUACGGAAACUUAAAGAAGUAGUGUUUCAAAGUGGCUAGCAUCGGUAAUCAAACACGACUUCCGGAUUCGAGCACACAAUCUGUACCCUUCACAACUGGACCUUCGGCAUCAUGGAUUUACUAAAGUACCCGGAUGUCUGCUUCCGGCGCGUCGGCUCUGCCGCCUCUUGGUAACGCGACUCGGCGCCUCGCAUCAAGAAGGGCACGCCGCUGGAAGCUUCGUGAUAGGUCAAUAACGGAUAUUCUGACUUCGGGAGAGCGGCUAACGGAACUGGUCUGUGAGGACGUGUAUCUGAUGGACAACAAGGCGCAGCGCGUGCGGGCCAACCUUCUCGCCAACAGUCUCACUGCACGCAUCCGCCGGAAUCUCCCCGACGGUAUCAUAGACAACGACACGCUACAGAAGAUCAAACGGGACUCCCUCAAAGACUUCCAGCACCUGGAGAACCUGGAGCGACAGUUCAGCAGUGAACUGAGCCGCGAGUCCAGCCGCCUUGACAAGGAGACAUUCCAGCUCCUAAAGCGCCAAAAACAGUUGCAGAAACAAAGUGAAGUGUCACGUCGCAAGCAAGACCGAUUAGAGUCUUCUUUAAGAUCAAGGUCUGGUUUAAGUUCAGCAUCUCUGUUGCCGGCUCUUGGAGAAACAAGCCGUACAAUGGAACAGGGGGGGUAUCCUGAAUUCGCGACGGUGGACAAAGAUGAUCAGUCACAUGUUAAGGUCUUCAAACUAAAAGGUGUAUUUGUGCCGACAAAUAAAUAUUCUAGUCGGAUAGAACCUCUGGAUAUAUCUAUAAAAGAGAAGCCAACGACAAAUAAGGACAGUACACACAUUCAAGAUUCGCUCCGCAUGGCUGACAUAACCAGCCCCGUGGACCUGCCCUCCAAGUCCCGGAUGAGCAAGAAGGGCCUCAGCGUGUCGUGGAGCCGCCAGAGUCGCUAUUACCCGGAAGACAGUCGUGCUGACGACAUGUCCCGAGCUAACACACAGCUCUCCUUUGCAGACACUACAAUCAGUGUGUCACCAGAGCGGGAGCUCGUCUACAGGUCGCCGGCAAAGGAAAUGACGAAAACGAACCAGAAUAGAACAUUUAACAGUAGACUUAGUAUGCGAAGUGAUACAUUUCUGAUACAAAAUAGUAAAACAUUGAAAGGCCGAAGGAAAGUGGAAACUAUAGGACUUAAGUGGAGGAUACCGCCGGGACAGCAGCAGCCGACUAUACCGGAAGCGCAUUCACCCACGCGGGUCAACGUCCGUCUUCAAAACUCCGGGCUGUCCCACAACUUGAUGCCGGUGACGACAGCAAUGGAAAUCGCAGGCCGUUCCCAACGGCAGACGUGCUGGCGGGUGCAGCGGCCACCGGCGCCCUCCACAUCGGAAAUGUACAAGGCGUGGAUAGAAAAACUGGAGAAACUGAAGCGUUGUGAGCAGCGUGACCUUUACGGCAUCCCUAGCCGAGCAACCGUCAUGUAACACCCAGUUAUAUAUACAUGCAGGAGAAUUGUGCUCAACCGUGCGUUCAUAACUGGGUAUAUAAUAUAGUGCCGACAUACAUACAUUACGAAAAACUUGCAGGAUACAUUAAAACAGUUACAUUACUUUUUUAUUUUCGAAAUAUUUAUAUACAGGGUAACGGUGCUAACUACUAUUCAUAUCUGAUAUGAAAUUAAUAUUUCAUGCUCCCUCUAAAAUAGCUUUGAAUGAAGUCACGUCUAUUAUAACAAUUAACUUGGUAAAUAUGUUUGAUGCAUUUUUAGCUCUUUCAUUAAUCACGGAGGAUUAAUGUCCAAAUCAGUUUAACCUACAAACCUAUUCCUCUGACAUAAUUCCUGCCAGUUCCAUUAGGCAGGACAUAGUAUUUCUGUAAUCCUAUAUUCCCUGUCGUUGGUCACAAAUAAAAGCUGACAGGUCAAUCGGUUUAUAUCUUUUCGUUCAAAUUCUAAAUCUGAAUAAUGUAAAUGAUCAGUUAUUACCAGAUAAGGUUGAAAUCAGUUAUAAAUGGUGUUUAAUGUUUUGUUGAUUGUUCUGUGUAUGUUUCAUAUAUUUAAAUUAAAAUUUCAUUAUA